UGUGUACUUACGAUCAUUCCUCCGCGCGCCAUCAGUAUUCGCGAGAUCAGAUUUUCUAUCAGUAGUAGUAUAAUGGAAGAAAUGUAUGAACUUGACAAAAUGGCCAAUAAACAUGAACAGCAUGAACAGAAACCAGUGGUACGAUUAAAAAAGACAAUUGGACUUACAAAUAGUAUAACAAUCAUUGUUGGUUGUGUAAUUGGUUCUGGAAUAUUUAUCAGUCCAACUGGUAUUAUGAAAAAUGUUCAUAGUAUUGGAGCAAGUCUGAUUAUAUGGGUGGCUUGUGGAAUUUUCAGUAUGUUCGGAGCAUAUUGUUAUGCUGAAUUAGGAACUAUGAUCCAGCGAUCUGGUGGUGAUUAUAUUUAUAUGUAUGAAGCGUUUGGUCCCCUACUUGGUUUUCUUCGUUUAUGGACUGAAGUGGUUGUUGCUAGACCUGCAUCUGUUGCAAUAAUGGCAAUAACAUUUGGAAAAUAUAUUGCACAACCAAUAUUUCCUGAUUGUAGUCAACCUGAAAUUGCUGUACGUCUUUUAGCUGCAGCAUGUAUUCUUUUAAUAACUUUUAUCAAUGCUUACUCUGUAAGAUUGUCAACAUUUGUUCAAGAUAUAUUCACUUAUGCUAAAGUAGCUGCUUUGGUGAUGAUUAUUAUUACUGGAUUUGUACAAAUUGGUUUUGGUAAAGUUGACGGACUUGUUGGUGCAUUCGAAAAUUCCGAUUGGAGUCCAGGUGCACUGACUAAAGCAUUUUAUGUUGGAUUAUUUGCAUAUUCUGGUUGGAAACAUUUAAAUUGUAUGAUUGAAGAAAUGCAUAAUCCUCGUCGUGAUCUACCAUUGGCUGUAGUUAUUU